CACAACACGACAUCAAUCUCAAUCUCAAAAAAUGGGCUGCGGACCAAGCAAAAACUCCCAUCCUGUCGAAUCGACAGAGAAUGUGAGACCAACACAGGAAACUGCGCGACCAACGCACGAGACCGUGACCCCGGCGCACGAGACGAUCGCGACACCAUCACAUAACACGGGCGCCGCGACAUCGCAAGUUGCGUCUACGCCGGUCCAGCAUCAUGAGCAGACAAGCACUCGCCAACAAGCCCCUACGAGCUCCGGCGCAGGCGCUCCCUUGAGUUCUGGAACAGGCGCGGGCGCGCUCGCGGGUUCUGGAGCAAGCAAGACUGCGAAGCCGCGAAGACAUGCGGAAAACCCGAUUGUCUAUUUCGAUGUCGCCAUUGGAGGACAACCUAUCGGCCGCGUCCAGAUGGAACUCUACCUCGAUGUCGUCCCAGCCACCUCAGAAAACUUCCGCAGAUUCUGUACUGGAGAGUUCCAGGGAGGAGGAUACAAAGGAAGCACCUUCCACCGCGUGAUCCCCAACUUCAUGAUCCAAGGUGGAGAUUUCAUGAACGGCGACGGAACCGGCAGCGUCAGCAUCUUCGGCGGCGACUCUUUCGACGACGAGAACUUCGAGCUCCGCCACACACACCCGGGUCUGCUCAGCAUGGCGAAUUCCGGCCCCAACACCAACGGAUCUCAGUUCUUCAUCCUCACGGCUGCGACCCCGCAUCUCGAUGGAAAGCACGUCGUUUUCGGCGAGGUGGUUGACGGCAUGGACAUCAUCAGGAAGAUUGAGGCAACGCAGACCGGAGCUGGAGACAGGCCUGUCAGGGACGUGGUGAUUACGGCGGCUGGACAGCUCUCGGGCGCAGUGGUGUCGUGAUUGGAAUGUUGAUCUGCAACGGACCUGAUACACAAGAAAAGAGCACACGUCGUAGGGGAUUUUGCUAAACAGAUAGACUAAGCAUAUAGGGAGAACACGAGGGAUGGUAAUGGUCUGAGGAAGACGAUCUAUAAUGUAAUAAGACAGGCUCAUUCGAGCCCCCAGACUACGCAACAGACGCUUGACUGAAUGAGACUAUUCCGCCGAACCGUUGUACGAUCAUGCUAGCAAAAGACGA